CUCCUAUGCAAACUCCUACUUCUCUAUCGACAUUUCCGGUAAUGUGAAGCCGUACUCAAAGACGCACUUUCAAGAAGGAGCAUUCGCUCAUGACAUUGUGGCCGUGGCUCGUUUUGCAAACCGAAUCAACGCCACUGGCUGGUCUGAGUUGGACCUGCAGACGAAUGCCGCCCACGCCGACCACAUUCAGGCGUACUACGCGGGCAUUCUCGAGGGCUUUCUUACGGCAAACCUCAUUGACGACUUCCGAACGAACAUUGAGCUUGCCAAACCACACGACCAGUCAUCGGAGACGUGCCAGGUUUUGAAGCACUUCAUUUCGGAGAAUUUGCAUUACCUAAAAAAGAACCUCGACAAUGGCAGCGUCUACUGGCAGCAGGUUGGACUGGUCCUCUACCAACUGGCCGGUCUGGAUGAUGGCUACGAUGCGGCGAAGGGCAUCGCAGCAAAUCGGAGCCCCAGCAAAAAGCCACACUUGAACCUUGAUCCAUGCAACUCCUUGCUGCUCAACAUGUACCCCGAAGUGGGCGAUAUAGUGGAGAUUAUAAUGCAUUCAAAGAAGCAGAGUCAAGAUGAGGUGGAAAGUGAUCACUGCUCGGCGAUCAUCAAAUGGAUUCCAGAGAAGGGAGAAGUGUUAGUGAGCCACAACACCUGGACGACCUAUGUGAUGAUGGUACGACUGCUGAAGAAGUACACGCUAAACUACAAGACGAGCCAGGCAAAGGCCGUGUCCAUGAGCUCUUAUCCGGGAGUCAUUCUCUCAUUUGACGACUUCUACAUCACAUCACAGCACAUGGUAAUUCAAGAGACAUCCAUCAACAACUUUAAUGGCUCACUGUGGAAGGGCAUUAAUGCAUCGGGCAUUGUGCUUGACUUCAUGCGAAACACCAUCUCCAACCGACUGGCUCGAAAUGGCAGCGAAUGGGCCGACGUCUACUCGCGCCACCAGAGUGGCACCUACAACAAUCAGUUCAUGGUGGUCGACUACAAGAGGAUGGGAGAAGGGGGCAAGCAGCUGCAGGACGGCUUUCUCACCGUCCUCGAGCAGCUGCCCACGCUGAUCGUCGCCCGCGACCAGACGGCGGUCCUCCGUCGACAGACCUACUGGUCCAGCUACAACGUGCCCUUCUACGGGGAGAUCUUCAGCAAGGCCGGCUACGAGGCAAUGGUGGCCAAGUACGGCGACUACUUCUCUUACAACAUGACCGCCCGGGCGCGGAUAUUCCGCCGUGAGCAGAGCAGUGUGACGGACAUCUCCUCGCUGUUCCGCCUGAUGCGUCUGAACAACUUCAAGACGGACCCGCUGUCUCGGUGUGAGCAGUGCAGCCCAGUGCCCAACGCCUACUACGCCAUCGCCUCACGCGGUGACCUCAACGACCCCAACGGAAA